CAGUAAUUGACCAGUUGAUUGACUUCAAGUACAUGGCGAGCCAGUUCAUAGUGCGAAUCGAAAAUUAUCUCGCUGAACAAGAGAAGGAGAAAGUGGCUAUUGAAGUUUUGCUGGAUGAUGACGACUCAGAUGACGAAAGGAAAGAUCAAGGGAGUGCAUCGACAAGUUUGCAGAUUGUUAAUGUUGCUUCAAUGUCCAAACUUCCUGAGGAAUCUGUGGAAGAGCGAGGCAAGGAGUUGCCAGUUGCUGGAGGAGCUAGCAAAGAUGGUCCAUUUGCUGGAGGAGCUAGCGAAGAUUGUCCAUUUGCUGGAGGAGCUAGCGAAGAUGGUCCAUUUACUGGGGGAGCUAGCGAAGAUGUUCUAUUUGCUGGAGGAGCUAGCGAAGAUGGGCCAGUUGGAGGAGGAGCUAGCGAAGAUGGUCCAUUUGCUGGAGGAGCGAGCGUAGAUGGUCCAUUUGCUGGAGGAGCCAGCGUAGAUGGUCCAUUUGCUGGAGGAACUAGAGAAGAUGGUCCAUUUGCUGGAGGAGCUAGCGAAGAUGUUCCAUUUGCUGGAGGAGCUAGCGAAGAUGUUCCAUUUACUGGGGGAGCUAGCGAAGAUGUUCCAUUUACUGGAGGAGCUAGCGAAGAUGGUCCAUUUGCUGGAGGAGCUAGCGAAGAUGUGCCAGUUGUCGGAGGAGCUGGCGAAGAUGGUCCAUUUGUUGGAGGAGCUAGCGAAGAUGGGCCAGUUGUCGGAGGAGCUGGCGAAGAUGGACCAGUUGGAGGAGGAGCUGGCGAAGAUAUUCCAGCUGCUGAUGAUAACGAAUAUGUUUCUGAGGUUGAUGAUGCUGACGUCGAAGCAUAUGUGGCAGAU